AUGGCAGACCAGGCUGGCUACACUGCUCCCUCAAAGCAAAGCCGGUCAAAUGUGCGAACUGGCUGCAUGGUAUGCAAGACUCGCAAAGUCAAGUGUGACGAGUCGAGACCGUUUUGUGUAAGGUGCACAUCGACUGGCAGAAAGUGCGAAGGUUACAUUGACCCAACCCCAAUUCAGAGAAGGCCGCUCUCUCCCAGAUACGGGUACGCCGCGAAAGAGCUCAGCACUUACAGACCCUCUCUGAAUGUCUCGGGAGAUAUCAGAGAAUGUCGAAGCUUCCAAUACUUCCAAUCUCGGUCAAUGCAAGCCAUAUCAAGCUAUUUCGAGACAGAUUUCUGGGGUUACCUGGUUUUGCAGAUUAGUCGCGAUGAACCUGCUGUGCACCAUGCCCUUGUAGCGCUGAGCUCUUUGUAUGAGAUAUACGAGUUUAACAGAGGUGAACUGGAGACCAUCAACACCAGUGCCAUCGGACCACGUGCAAGAUUUGCUUUGCAGCAGUAUACAAAAGCUGUGGCGCUGUUAACCCCGGACGUGUCUGGAAACCGGCCAUCUUUGCAGAGUGUUCUGAUCUCUUGUAUCCUCUUCGUCUGGAUCGAGUUUCUUCACAAUGAUCUUGACAAAGCAUUGCACCAUUUACAGGCUGGGCUCCGGAUCUUGGAUAACGUGCAGCGGCAAGCGAGCAAUACGAGAAUUGAUCCAUAUGUGCCCCGUCUUUUCAGACGUCUUCACAUUAUGGGAAGACUUCACGGCAGCCCAACAUCUGACUUCAAUUCAGAAGUAUACAAUGGGCACAUCAGUUCCGGACCUGACGUGCCGCACACUUUCGCCAGCAUCUUUGAGGCGCGUGACUCACUAGACGCCAAUCUCGACCUCAUCUUUCGCUUCUUGCGUCGGAUGUACAGUGCCGACUUCGUUGCCUUGACCAUGAAGCAUCAUCCGUCCCCGGAUCCGAAGUCACUGGAAUGCACCGUCCAAUACCAUUUGAACAAUCUUUCAAAAUGGCAGACAGAAUUCCAGAGGUGUUCGUCCCUUUUCGUGGACUCAUCUGACAAGAGGCAGUCCGCCGGCGUCAUGAUACUCGAGCUCCAGUGCGCGUCCGUCACAAUCAUCCUGAAAACCUUACUCGAAAGCUCUGAAAUGGUGUUCGAUCAGUACAAAUCGGUAUUCGAGCGCAUGGUGUCGCUGGCCGAGUGCCUGAUCCACAACAGCGAGUGCAGCGGGCCCCAGGCCCUCUCUUUCGAUUUUGGCGUUAUAUUGCCUCUGUUUUUAGUCACGUUGAAAUGCCGGUACCUCGGCAUCCGCAAGAGGGCAAUAGCGCUAUUGAAGCAAGCACCGGACCGUGAAGGCAUCUCUCACCGCGACAGCUGUGUCGCAUUUGCGGAGUGGAAAGUACAAGUCGAGGAGCGUGGCCGUGAAUCCUUGCCAGAGUUGGAGCCAUUGCCAGAAUUCGCCAGGAUACACAGUGAGCGCUUGGGGACAGCUGUUGUGAACGGAAAGCAGGUGUCGACGGUGCGGUUUAAGAGGGGCCCAAUGGAUCGUGCCGGACAGAAUGAGUUUGAGGAGGAAAUCAAUACGUGCCUAGAUCCAAAAAUGGGGGAAUUCCUAUAA